AUGGCUCUACGCCUCGUGGCAACUAUAUUGGCCCUGACGGCCUCGGCGUUGGCAGACGCGGCUUCAUGCAACCUGCCUUUGCCCAGUGCCGUCAUCUCUCAGGGCGCCAUCAGGGGAUUUCGCGAUGCCUACUGCAACGCGGUAUAUCUGGGGAUCCCGUUUGCCGCCACCACCGGCGGCAAGAAUCGGUGGCGGCCACCACAAAAUGUCCCCAAGUCAAAGUCUGUAUUCAAGGCCGUGUCCUAUGGGCCGACAUGCCCGCAGGCCAUUCGUAACCCUCGGUAUAGUCGACAGAGUGAGGAUUGCCUGAAUCUCAACAUCUGGGCGCCGCCCAAGGGCAAAAACCUGCCCGUAUUUGUGUACAUGUACGGCGGUGCCAUGGUAACUGGUUCCAAUAGCAACCCCCAGCUGCAGGGCACCAAUUUUGCUCGCAAGGAUGUCAUUUACGUCAACUUCAACACUCGCGAAAGCAUAUUCGCUUCGCCACACUCCGCGGAGCUGCGCAACACCCAUCCGCGCGAGUCGCAGAACUUUGGCAUCCUGGAUGUUGACAAGGCAAUGGACUGGGUUCGAAAGAACAUCAAAGCAUUCGGGGGCAAUCCAGAUCACAUCGUCUUUGGCGGCCAUUCUUCCGGUUCCGUGCAGGUCGAUCACUACCUGUGGAACCAUCCCGACACCUGGCUCAAGGGAGCCGUCCAGAUGAGUGCCAAUGCCAUGUCGGGCCCUCCGUAUGCCCCCGUGAAUGAGGCUCUUGACGUGGUUGCAGCCGAGGUUGGCUGCCCUCCCAGCUCACAUGGCAAAGGCCAACUCGAUUGUCUCCGCGGCGUAGACGUGUACGCCUUCCAGACGGCACGGUUCAACUCGACAUUCAACACAUGGUUCACUCCCGUCAUCGACGGCAUCACUCGUCACUCGAAUUACUUGGCCCGGUUCAAAGCCCGCAAGUAUGCUGCGCAUGUGCCCCUGCUGACCGGCAACGCCGAUGGCGAGGGUACUAUUUUCAGUAUUGUCUACGCAGCCGAGAAUAGCGAUUUCCGAUCAUGGAUCAAGACUUUUGACGCCGACAGCUCCCACAUUCCAGAGUGCGCUCUUGUCCGCGCGUAUAAGCCCUCUGACUUUGCCAGCGGCCCCCUUCGUAGCGGUGUCCAGUAUGGCGAUGCUCGUUUCAACUGCCCCGUUGACUACCUCGUCGACAUGCGAAGCGCUCUCCAGGAUACCUGGGUCUAUCGCUUCUUUGGCGCCUAUGACAACGUCGUUGGGCCGCCCAACACGGCUCCCACGCACGGCACCGAGGUCCCCUUCUUCCAUGGCGGAAACGAAUGCUUCCAGUCCCUCAACAAUGUCACAAAGGAGCAGCAGGCACUGGCCGACUCCAUCCACGACUGGUUUGUUGCCUGGAUCAAGAACCCAGCGGCUGGUCCGGGCUGGGGCAAGGUCUUACCAAGAUCGCAAAAUAUGGCGAAAAUAGGCGUCCCGGGAGAUGAGUUGUCGCUGGUCAAGGGGUUCACCGGGACAUACAACGCUCGAUGCAAGUCGGUAUAUGCUCCUGCAUUUCCAAAAUAUCCUGUUGUCCAGUCAAUCAAGCCUGUUCUCGAGGCACUAUUGUAA